AUGGCGACGGCGGAAGAAGGCGGAGCCACUGUCCAUCCAACCUCGUCGCCCUACGGUGGUGGAGGAGCAGGAGGAAAGUUCCGCAAGAAGCCUUUUCGCAGACCGACGACACCGUACGAUCGUCCACCCACUGCGCUCCGAGGAAACAAUGACAACAAUAGCAGCUGGUUAAGAAAGCUGGUUGUGGAGCCCGCCUCGAAGCUCAUAUCUUAUGGGGCAGAGCGUUUUUUCGCCCCACUUCUUCGCAAGCGCCUCCCCCCUCCUCAGCCGCCAGAGGAAAAAGCUGAUGUUGGUGAUGGGAUUCAAGGGCCAGCUCUUGAUAGUCAUGAUGGUUCCCAUGAGCCCGUAGGUGGUGAUUGCAGUCAGCCAAUCAAUAGUUCUAGCAGCAAUGACAUCUCUGAGCUUGAGCAAUUAUUGAAGCAAAGAACCUUCACCAGGUCUGAAAUUGUUCAUUUGAGAGACCUACUGCAAUCAAGAGCUACAGAAGUAUCUCCUGUGGAUGUUGGCCAUAAAAAGGAAGAUACUGCUUCAGAUUAUGCAAGAGAUCACCAAUUUGCGAGUGGGCUCUUGGAAGAGAACAGAAAUGGGAGGAAUAGAUCCUCCACUUUAAUGUCUACUCCUAUUUUCAACUCAAAAGUUGUUGAGGAUGGUGAUGCUUCUCCUACUGAACUUGCAAAAGCUUAUAUGGGAAGUAGGCCUUCAAAAGUAUUGCCAUCAGUGCUAGGAAUACGCAAUCGAGUUGGUAAGGGAGAUACGGAGUUGCUUAGUAGCUUGCCAUCUGCCUCAGGGUUACCUAUCAUGGCAUCGACUAUGAAGACCCAUGGCAGCAUGGCUGCUACCGACAAUGGCUUCAUAACCCCUAGACCACGCGGCAGAUCGGCUAUCUACAACAUGGCUCGUACACCAUAUUCCAAAGUUCACCUAACUUCCAGUCUCAAGGGAAAUGGAAUUAAUCGCAAUGGUUAUGCUGGACCUGGACUAUCAACAUCCUCAUCUUUUCUUUCUCCAGCGGACAUUGAUGAAAAAGUUAACUCUCCUGCGAUGAGCUUAAAACGGAGGAGUUCAGUCUUAGAUGAUGAGCUUGGUUCCUCCGUGGGUCCUAUAAGGAGAAUUAGACAGAAACAUUUGUUAGCUUCUGGACUUCAUAGUACUACGCAUGGGGUAAGAAUAGGUUCCCAUGCAAAGCAGAAGUCUCAAUUGAUCAGUGAACAAAGCCAUAAAACACCCAAAGCUGUUGGAGAAAAUGAUAAUGAAGGUGUACCAAGCUCCAGUUAUCCUCGUGUACCUUCCAAAUCUAGUGAAGUUGCUUCCAAAAUAUUGCAGCACCUGGAAAAGAUGACCCCAAAAGAAAAAUCAUCAGAGUCCAAGUUUGUUGAUCGGACGGAGAAAUCACGUCUGACAUUGACACCAAGUAUGCUUUCUGGACAGGCUCUUAGGAGUAUGGAGGAUGUGGAUUCGUCAAAGUUGUUGGAUGUUCAGGAUGAUCAUAUGUUGGGGGACAAGUGUAAUGCCACUUUAGCUGAUGCUUAUGAUUUCUGUAUGCAAAAUAAAGAAAAAAUAGAGGAAAAUGGCCCUAAAGAACAUGUCGACUCAUUGGACAAGUGGCACCCAGUAUUGCAUAAUGAUUCCGUGGUGUCCUUGAAAGCCUCUAUGCCAAGUACCAGUGCUAGUGGUUCUAUUGUAAAAACUGGUGCAUCCCAUCCUCAAAAGAAGAGGGUUUUUAGGAUGAGUGCUCAAGAGGAUUUCUCCGAGCAGGAUGAUGAUACACAUUGUAAUGGACCUGUACCAGUAUCAACCUCCGGAAACCAAGGACCAACGGAGGCCACUCUCACAGAUAGGAAGAUUACGCCUUCUGAAGAACCCAAGCUGGUAAAGCCGUCAAUGAGGGAGGAAAACCAGUCAGCUUUGCCCCUUAUCUCAAGGAACACAAGUGCACCAAAUUUUGGUGAUGUCACAUCUGGAGAAGGAAGUACUGUUGUUUCCUUGUCAACAACAGACGAAAUAAAGGAAGCUUCGCAAUCAGCCUUUCUUACUCCCUCUGUUGCUUCAUCUGACAAGCCCAAGGAUGCAAGUAAUGUUCCAUUGUUCAGCUUUAGCUCUAAAGUUGCUGAAAAGGUUGCUUCCGUUCCUUCUGAUGUUAUCGAGGUGGAUAAUAAGAUUGAAGUCUCCAGCAGUUUGGUUAAUGCUUCAACUGUACUCCAAGACAAAGUUCCUGAGUUGGACAAAAGUUGUCCUCCCAACCUUUUGAAGGCAGGAAAUGCAAAUGGAAAAUCUGAUACCUUUCAUUUUGCGGCAUCAAAUGGACCAUCUCUCGGUUCUAGGGCUCCUGCAAUGUCAUUUACUACUGCAGCUGUCUCUAAUGACACAAAUCAGAUAGUCAAGGGUGUUGGUGCUUUCCCAUUCAACUCUUCAGCCAGCAGUGGCAGCACCUCCAUUUUUGGACUGACUGCAGCAGAACCUUCAAUUCCUGCUGGCGGCCCGGUCAUCAAGUUUGGUGCUUCUGUUGUAGAUCCAGACACCUCUGUUCCUGUAGCAUCUACUGCUAGCGUCUCUCAGGCAGAGUCAAAUCCUGGAACCAACAAAAGUGAGACUCUUACCAAUGCUGCAGCUUUUACAGUAGCUAGUUCCGCAAGUAGCACCACCACUCUCGGACUUGGCUCAUCUGUCAGUUUCCCAAGCGUAUUUGGGACUGCCUCGCAAGACGUGUCAUCCACUAAGGCAGUCUCAUCUGCCCCAGCAUUCAACUUGAGCAGUAGCAGCACGCUUUUCAGUUCCUCAUCUGGUUCCCAAGUUUCAGAACCAAGCUUUUCUUUUGGUUUGAGUCGUCCCGCGUCUUCAUCAGACACAAGUACAGUCAAAUUCGGCGCUAACUCUACGGAAGCAACUGCAGUUAGCUCAACUACUACUACUACUACUACUACCACUACCACUACCACUACCACCCCUGGCAGCUUUACUUUUGGCCUAAGUUCUUCAACCAGCCGCACCGGAGUUGGAUCUAGCAGUGCUACUCCUGUACACAAUUUUUCUGACAGCUCAUCAUGUUCCACCCCUGUGAGUACCACUACCACUGCUACUGCUAAUGUGCUCUCAUUUGGUGGGAAUAGUUGUUCGGCUCCCUCCUCCUCCAGUGUUCCUAGCAACAGCAAUCCCUUUGCUGCCAACUGGCAAAACCCGAAGCCAUCCCCAAUCUUUGGUUCCUCCAACGCAUUCCCAUUUGGGGCACCAUCGUCGUCAUCGUCGAGUGUUUUCAAUACGACAUCAUCGGCUGCACCCUUCUCAUUCACUGCAGCCGCCUCAACGCCUGCGCCAUCUGUAUUUGGUGGUGCAGACCAGAUGAAUGCAGAGGAUAGCAUGGCCGAGGAUCAUCCAGUGCAGCAGCAGCAGCCCAUUGUUCCCUCGAUAUUUGGUCAGUCGGGGGUGGCGGUGGCCCCUACUCCUCCCCCUGCUUUUGCGUUCGGACAGCCCAGCUCGUUUGUUUUCGGCGGUCAGCAGAAUCAAGUUGGUGGUGCUGUACCACCUCAGAAUCCUAACCCGUUUCAGGCUUCGGGCAGUCUGGAGUUCAAUGCGGGAGGGAGCUUCUCGUUGGGCAGUGGCGGAGGUGACAGGUCAGGUCGGAAAAUUGUCAAGAUCAGCAGAAGCAAGAAUCGCAAGAAGUAA